AUGUAUAAGUCAAGACCGCAGCGGAAAAAUUACAAUCAGCUGUCAGGAAACGAAAAGUUGGACAAUCGACAAGUAGAAGAUAUUCACAUCGAAGAAGCUGAAGUAGAAUCGGAUGCCAGCAGUACCGAUUUAGAUGAACGUGACACAAGAGGGGUUUGCCCCCCUUGUGCACAUGAUCGAUACAACAAUAACAUCCGAAGACAUGCACACGAUGAUUUCAGCGAUGACACAGAUUAUGACGAGGCGCUAACUUGCAACGUAUGCGACAGGUCGUUUACCACACGUCGUCAACUCGGAGACCAUCAGCAAAAGAAACGACAUUUUGGGUGCAGCGCGUGCGACAGCCUGUUCCCAUCGCUGAUGGCGUUAGAGCACCACAAGGAGGAGUUCCAGCACUGGAGCGACUCGUCGUACUGCAGCCACUCGGAAUCCGACGACAGCGACCUCGAGCACUGCCACGAGGACCGUCAUAGGCUGCUCUAA